AUGGCGGACCGGGACCCGGUGCCGCUUCCUGCGGAGGUGCGGGCCAAACUGGCCGAGCUGGAGCUGGAGUUAUCCGAGGAUGUGCACACGGAGGCGGUGCAGGCAGCCCUGGCAAAGCACAAAGAAAGAAAGAUGGCGGUGCCGAUGCCUUCGAAGAGGCGGUCGCUUGUGGUCCAGAGCUCCAUGGACGCCUACACACCACCAGAUACCUCCUCAGGCUCAGAGGGCGAAGGUCAGGGUGACGGUGAUGAAGAAGAGGGAGGAGAAGGUGAAGAAGAAGACGGAGGCGGCGGCGGAGGAACCUCGUCCAGCCAGGAAGGGAGCAUAAGCAUGGAGCACUGGAUCAGCAGGGCAAUCCACGGCACCUCCUCCACCACCACCACCACCUCGUCAACAGCCUCCUCGUCCUCGUCCUCCACACGCAGCGGCGGGAGCGGGGCAGCGGCCGGCAGGCUGCACACCGUUUCCCUGCAAAACUGGGAGGGCAGGACAUUCUGCCAGCGCUACAGCAGGGUGGAAGUUGGUUUCCAGCAGCUUCAAUUCAUGUCGAAAACACGGCGCAAAGAUGAAAGUGGAAAACUGGCUCGCUGCUGCCACAGAAACCCAUUUGUGCAUUUCCCUGACAGCCGAGGACUGAAUGCUCUGGCGGAGACAGGCCUUUUAAGCCACCUCUCCUUGAGAAGGAGGAGGGCAGUGCCAGCUGGUAUGAUAGAGAAUGGAAACUCGGGUCCACGACGCUCCGAGAACCACUCUGCCCCUCCAGAUGUCACCGGCUACACCAACAAUACCGCCAACACCACCGCGAACGACGCCAUCCAGGUGGAGAGAGCCCCAGGCGCUGGCACCGCAGCCCAAAGACAGACGCCCAAGUACGGCAACGCCGAGCUGAUGGAAACUGGAGACGGUGUUCCAGUCAGCAGCAGAGUUUCAGCCAAAAUACAGCAACUCGUCAACACUCUGAAGAGACCCAAACGGCCGCCAUUGAGAGAGUUUUUCGUCGAUGACUUUGAAGAGCUUUUGGAGGUCCAGCAGCCAGACCCUAACCAGCCCAAGGCUGAAGGGGCACAGAUGGUACCCAUGGGGGGUGAGCAGCUGGGCGUGGUGACCAACUGGCCCCCUUCUCUGGAGGCAGCCCUUCAGAGGUGGGGCACCAUCUCUCCGAAGGCCCCGUGUCUCACUACCAUGGACACUAACGGCAAGCCACUCUACGUCCUCACAUAUGGUAAACUGUGGUCCAGAAGCGUGAAGGUGGCGUACAAUCUGCUGCACAAACUGGGAACCAAACAAGAACCGCUCGUGAGACCUGGAGACCGGGUGGCGCUAGUUUUCCCUAACAAUGACCCCGCCUCCUUCAUGACAGCCUUCUAUGGCUGCCUCCUGGCUGAGGUGGUUCCUGUGCCAAUAGAAGUACCGCUGACCAGGAAGGACGCCGGCAGUCAGCAGAUUGGGUUUCUGUUGGGGAGCUGUGGAGUGACUGUAGCUCUGACCAGUGACGCCUGCCAUAAAGGGUUACCCAAGAGUCCCACUGGAGAGAUCCCACAGUUCAAAGUUGGGGUUCGGUCCACCAGGGGCUCCACUCCUGGACGGAGGCCCUGGUGGGCCUACAGGAGGACGGGCCCAUGUCCCUUUUUCGGGCUGUACCUGGUCAGGCUCCAUGGACUAAGGCCCAGCCACCAGACGGUCGCCCUCGGGCACCCACCCCAGGCCUGGCUGCAGGGCGGGGCCCGGGACCAGUUUGCCAUAGGUGACCCUACCAGGGGACAAAAGCCCCCCGACAACAUAGCCCCUGGGAUCCCUGGGACACAGAUACCCCUCCACUAUGAUAAGUAUAAGACGUGUAAGGACGGCAGCGUCCUCGGAGUGACGGUGAUGAGGAUAGCGAUGCUCACGCACUGCCAGGCCAUCACACAGUCCUGCUCAUACACAGAAGCUGAGACCAUUGUGAAUGUACUAGACUUCAAGAAGGAUGUAGGACUGUGGCACGCCAUCCAGACAAGUGUGAUGAACAUGAUGCACGUCAUCAGUAUUCCCUACGCCCUCAUGAAGGUCAACCCGCUGUCCUGGAUCCAAAAAGUCUGCCAGUACAAAGCUAAGGUGGCCUGUGUGAAGUCGCGGGACAUGCACUGGGCUCUGGUGGCCCACCGGGAUCAGCGGGAUGUCAAUCUGAGCUCCCUGCGGAUGCUUGUGGUGGCUGAUGGUUCAAAUCCCUGGUCGAUCUCGUCUUGUGACGCCUUCCUCAACGUCUUCCAGACGAAAGGUUUGAAGCCGGAGGUCAUCUGCCCGUGUGCCAGCUCCCCCGAGGCGCUGACUGUGGCUAUACGCAGGCCGCUGGAGGAGGGCACCACCCCUCCUGGUCGCGGCAUCCUGUCCAUGCAGGGUCUGAGUCACGGCGUGAUCCGGGUCGACUCGGAGGAGAAGCUGUCGGUGCUCACGCUGCAGGACGUCGGCUCCGUCAUGCCCGGAGGUGAGACAGAUGUCCAACAAGCAGAGUUUGAACCGAGCACUGCUGAAGUUCUCUCGUCCCGUCUCCCUGCUCCUCCUCCAGAGAUCGGUCCUGCGUCUGUGAUGGUCGGGAAUCUGGUGUCGGGAAAGAGGAUCGCCCAGGCCAGCGGCAGGGAUCUGGGUCAGAUCGAAGACAAUGACCAGGCAAGGAAGGUGUGUGUGAGAGGGGGGUACACACUCCUCAACUCCAGGGGUACGAUAGCCAGCUCUCUGACUUGUGUUCAGCUGCACAAGAGAGCAGAGAAGAUCGCCGCCAUGCUGGCUGAACGGGGCCACCUGCAGGAUGGAGACCACGUUGCACUGGUCUACCCUCCAGGAAUCGACCUCAUCGUGGCGUUUUAUGGCUGCCUUUACGCCGGCUGUGUGCCAAUCACGGUGCGGCCGCCUCACCCGCAAAACAUCGCCACCACGCUGCCCACCGUCAAGAUGAUCGUGGAGGUGAGCCGGUCGGUGUGCGUGAUGACCACGCAGGUCAUCACUAAACUGCUGAGGUCCAAAGAAGCCUCGGCGGCCGUGGAUGUCCGGACCUGGCCUCCUGUCAUGGACACAGUGAAAGAGAUGUCUCACACAGCCACCAGUGCCUUCUGCCGCUCCAUCAAGCUGCAGUGUGAGCUUUACCCGUCCAGAGAGGUCGCCAUCUGCUUGGACCCGUACUGCGGCCUGGGCUUUGUCCUCUGGUGCCUUUGCAGUGUGUACUCAGGUCACCAGUCCAUCCUGAUCCCUCCGUCCGAGCUGGAAGUGAACCCGGCUCUCUGGCUGUCAGCCGUCAGUCAGUACAAAGUUCGCGACACCUUCUGCUCCUACAGCGUCAUGGAGCUCUGCACCAAAGGCCUCGGCCUGCAGACGGACUCGCUGAAGGCUCGAGGGCUGGACUUGUCUCGAGUGAGGACCUGCGUGGUCGUAGCAGAGGAGCGUCCCAGGAUAGCCCUGACGCAGUCCUUCUCCAAACUCUUCAAGGACCUGGGACUCCACCCCCGAGCCGUCAGCACCUCCUUCGGCUGCAGGGUCAACCUGGCAAUCUGCCUGCAGCCUCACAGGCUGGGAAAACUUGCCGACCAGGUAGGGAACCACCAUCAACCUUCCCCGCCCAACAGCAAUAACCGCCACCAUCACCACCCCACUGCCUGCCAGCACACCUCUCAUCAGAUGGCUUUAGAUCUAAGUUUAAGAGACGCUUGGCUUGGUCUCACGGCACUUAGUCAACAUCAGGGACACUGGAGCAGCUUUACUCUGUGGAUUUCGCCCACUCAGUAUUUUGGCUGAACUUUGACAUGAGAUGAAUUUUUACACUUUCCAGGAGAAAACCCCCCAAAUCUGCAGAUGUGUUACUCACAGCUGACACGUGAAUUAUAAAUACAGAUGAUUGACAUCUGUUUUGCUCCCAUCAACAAAAAGAACAAACAGCAGAAGAUUUGCAAUAAAAUCCAUCUUAGAUCAGAUCAAAUAAAGCAGCAAAGCCACUCUGCUAUAACCCACAAAUUUGUGAACUAGAUCCUUUAGUCGGGCUGGAGAGACAACAGUGACUUAUUGAUCACAAGCUAGCCGCGCCCUGCUUUUUACUUUAAACUAGGCCAUCAUUUAUAAAAAGCUACUCCAAAGAAAGCUAGUGAUUAAGCCCAGAGACUCAUUAGGAAACUGUCUUCCAGUGUAAUCAGCAGGUGACGCCCCUCGUCUCUAUCUGCAGUCACCCGCUCCCGCUUUCACUUCUCUUCUUCCGUCUACGAUUCUACUGAUUUGCAUGUAUGGCUCGAUUUUUUUUCAUCAUAGAAACAUGCAAGCAAAUCUUCCUUUAUAUGGAAAAAGCAUCGAGGCUGUAGCCAUCAAACUACUGCAUAUAAAUAACAUAAGACUGAGUAAAGAGACAGAUGUGAGGCAAGUGACAUUUAAACAAUUAAGGAAAGGAAUCACCAAACAAUAGGGUGGUAUAAGAUUAUUAAGACUCUAAAGUAGAUGAUAAUAAUUCUGAUUCAAAGCAAUGAGACCAGUGAAUGUAUUAAAAAUUCACUUUUAUUUAUACAGCGAUGAAUCAUGGGCUGGGAGGUCAGUUCCACUGCAUUGAUCAUCAACCACAGUGGUUGUUGAUCAAUGCAGUGGAAGGAACUGUUCCUUCAGUG